UAGUCUCCGCGAUGUGUCGAUUCUAGUCUCUAGUCGCGGAGACUAAAAUCGACUUGUCUGAGUGUCACCAUUUGGAAACACAUGCUCUCGACUAGAGUCGAUUCUCUUCUCGACCUGAGUCGCGUAAGUGUGAGUUGAGCCUUAGCAGCUUGCUGGCAAUUUUCGACCAAUCAUCAGCCUCCACGAAUAUAUUGAGUGAUGUGGGACUUUAUCUAGCUUGUUGGAAAUACUCGACCAAUAAUCAGCCUCCACAUAUUAUAUUAUGAUAAGUGAUGUGGAAAAAAUAUUUUGAUCGUUGCGGCCUUUCAAUUUGUGUCAUUAGAUUCUGCAAUACGUUAGCGGAGAGUUUUCACAAGUAAAGUGCUUCGCCCAGAUAUUUUGUGUAGGAUCUGCUGUGCGUGAGAAAUAUCAAAAACAGCUCUUAAGAAACGAUUCCCUUGGAAUAACGGCUGUCGUGUAUCUAUUGAAAAUGUUGAAGGUGAUGAAUCUGUUAAUCCUGACUUUAUCGAUGAAUAUACUCAUGUCUAUCUCAUCAAAUGCGAGAAUAACAAAUGCCGAUAGAGGAAGAUGCAGAGAAAUUUUCAAUGAUAUCGAUGAUGACAAAAACGGACUUAUCACUGAGGAAGAUGUGAGCAGCGUUUUUUCCGAUCCAGAAAAAUCGCAAAAACUUGAUGGAAUGAUAUUGGAGAAAGAAGAGUUCAAGAAUGCCCUUCUUAAUCGACUCAAAACAAGAAGGGAAAUGAAUUUGGAUGCAUUUGUCACAUAUUUGUAUAAUGGAGAAAGUUUUGAAGCAAGAAAGAGAGAUAUGCAAAAACUUUUCCCACAGAAGACAGUCAUUCAACGAGAGGAAAUAUAUCGGAAAGAAGUCUUCGAAAGUCUUAGGGAUUAUAAUCUUAAAGAAUCUUACACAAUCGAAGAAUUCACACUGUUCUAUUUCAUCAACCAUGAGUUGAUUUAGUGAGGCUCCUAAUUAGUGAAGCAACUAUCAAAAAAAUGAAAUUCAAUUUCAAUCAUGCUAUAAAUCAUGAUGUUAUUUAAUAUUUCAAAUUCAUAGCAUGUUUGUUUUUAAACAUGUUUUGCCAUAUUAUUAAUGUGUCAUUUCCCACACUAAGUAAUGGAUAUAGUGUGUGAGUCAUUAAAAUAUUUUACUCAGUUAUUCCAAGGAUGAUGUAAACUGUAAAAAUAAAAAAAAAGUUUUCUGG